UUCGCAUUACGGCAUUGGGGACUAUCUGUGGAAGUUGCAUCAAACAUGUCCGUGGAAGAUUCUUGGGUUUUUGAUUCGCUGGUUUGCUUCCUGCAUGGACCCGUGUGGAAUGCACCGCUGCAGACCUUCAUCGAGCAGAGAUCUUUGGUCUUAGAUCCCAAUCUGCAGUUGGACGAGCACAAUGAGGAAAUCCUACAGAUUCACGAGGAAUACAAGAACCUCGUCGACUACAUGCUCGGCAGCUUCAUGGAGGAAAUGCAAAUAUCCCCAGAGCAAUUCGAGCUGGCCUGCCUGGAGGGUCGUCAGCAGGGCCAGGGCGAGAAUCCCUUUCAGUUCCAUCAGGUGCUGUUCCAACAGAUAUGGGCAGCCAAUGACGUGAAGAUCUUCAUACGCAUGAUGACGCAACGCAAUGUGGAGCUGCAGCUGCAGGCCUUGGAUCUGAUAGAGAAAAAUCAAUUGGCACAAAGUUCCCUGGAUGAGGGUGACAGCAACAGCGCCACUGGCUCCGAUCAGGGCGAUGCCGCCGUUGAUGUGGAUCAACUCAUUGCCAAAACUGUGGCCGAUGAGCUGGAGAGUCCCGAGGCUGCCUUGACGCCCGACCAGGAGGCCAGCUUGGAUCUAGUCAACGACAAGUUUCAGCGCUUGAAUCUGUUCUUCGAGCAGGAGGACAGGGUGGAUCCCACCGAUGUGACAUCGCGUCAGGAGUAUCUGCGCCAGCAGCGCGACAAAAUCGUGGAGAUCAAGAAGCAGGCACGCGCCAAGCAGCUGCAGGAGACACUGGCCCGUGGCAGUCCGCAGGGCGCCGAGGGUGCUCGUCCCAGCAGCGCACAAGUGGCACAGCAGCUGCUCGAGAACGGUGGCAAGACCAUGGAGCUCUCUGCGCCGCCCGAGAGCGAGGAGAAUUCAGCACUGCAGCUGCGCCGCACACUGGCCAAGCGACUGCGCAGCGAAGUUGUGGAGCAUAACUAAGCGGGAAACGUUUUGUUUUGAGUU